GUAGACAAAAGUAGAGGAGGCGCUUAGCGCACCCUUAAGACUCCUUCGGUAACCAAGUUGCACUUUGGUAACUUGGUUGCACCGGUUGCACGAGCAGUACGAAUCCACAGCGGUGUCGGCGGUCGGGAAAUUGACACUUUUGCUAUGGUGCUCUGGUGUUUACUUUAAGCUAUCGCGCGUUCCCUGUUAUUCUCAAUUCUCUGACAUACACCAGAUUACAUUACCCUGGGUACUUUGAGGUACUCCGGACAGUUCCGGAAUCACCACCGUGGGCCGGAGGGUCUAGGCCAACGAGCCCGUGACGAAGCCACUCUGUUUCCCAUCUGGCUGCGUGAAGUUUAAAAAUAGUUAUAAAUACUCGUUGAUGAACCACUGCUAAUAAAUUGCCUUGGAUUUUAUUUCUCCGUUCGCGAAUGAAUCUCGUGUCCAUUUAAAGAAGAGACUGAUACGCCUUACCGAUUAUGGCCUCGAAAGUUACGCUUUCCCAGGCUCUGGGAACAGAUGGGAGCGAUUAUAGUCACCGACAGAAAAUCGCGACACACUACCAAGUCAGUGCGACUAACAAAUCAAGACUGAAGUAUUGUAUAUUUUUUCACUAUCUGUUAUUUUUCGUCAUGCUUGCCAAACUGUCUGCAGAUAUAUUAGACCGUAUGGAUAUAUUUAUUUUGGAAAUUGAGGAGUUACAAGUACCACAGCCAUUAUGGUGGGAGUAUAUAUGGUGUAUUAGUUUGUUAUUAUCUUUUCUCGCUCUUUCUGCGAUUAAAAGGAAUAGGAUUAAAACACUGCAAAAAUACAUGAUAGGUAUUGUCCUGUUAGGUUAUGGGCCAUUAGGUUAUGCUAUAGUCUAUUAUUUUAAGGAUGUCUGGACAUACCUGACUGUAGGCAAAUCUGAGGACAUUCAUUUGUGGCAGAGUCUACCAUAUGGCGUACUUUGGUACGCUUUUAUUCUUUUAGCUUCGCAAGUACACUGUUUCUCUUUGUAUUUUUCUUGGAAUCUGCUAAUUGCAUGGAGAACGCGAGGUGCCAGAAAAAUGGACUAAACUCAAAGGGCAAUUGUAACCAUCCAUAAAUUACACAAUUAUGGACAUCUAUUUUGAAUAUGACCCAUGUUUAUUGUUUGUGAUAAAAAAGAAUAGAUAUAUUAUAAUUGUAUAAGAGAAAUAUCAUCCAGACUCUGUAAAAAUUAUGUGUGAAAGAUGUAUAUAAAUGAAAGAAUAUUUUUGUGUGCUCAACAUGUAUAUAUGAAAAUACACCGACGCACAAAUUAGGUUUAUAUUUUUUCAAACGUUGGACGUUUUGUGCCACGAUUCCUAUUCAUGCCAUCUCUGUGACACAUGUAGCAAAUAUUCUUCUUUAUGUUUAUUUUUAAAAACUAUCUCGAUGUAGAUUGCAGAAAGUAUCAUACGUCCAUAAAAGAAUAUAUACACAUAUCUACCUAUU